AUGCAAUCAUUCCGAAUAGCUCGCCUAGCUUUCCGGGCUCCCACGAAGCUAAACAUUUCACCAGCACAACACAGAGGUUAUGCCGAAGUUGGGAUAGAUAAGAUCAAGUUAAGCCUUUCUCUUCCUCACAAGUCUCUCUAUAAGUCGCAAGAUGUUAGGCAGGUAAAUAUUCCUGCAGAAUCUGGUGAAAUGGGUAUACUUGCGAAGCACGUUCCUUCCAUCGAACAAUUGAAACCUGGCUUAGUAGAAGUCAUUGAGGAUAACGGAGAAAGCAAAUUGUUCUUUUUGGCUGGAGGAUUUGCCGUCGUUCAACCUGACUCACAGCUGUGUAUAAAUGCAGUAGAAGGCUUCCCAUUAUCGGAACUAAGUAUGGAGAAGGCCAGAACUCAUCUUGCAGAGCUUCAAAGAAAAGCCAUUGAAACAUCUGCUGGUGAGGAUUCGAAUGUCAGGACCAACAUUGCGCUCGAGGUAAUAAACUCUUUAAUCGCCUCUCAAAAAUAA